AUGAUGUGGACCAUUUCAUCAUUAUUGCUUCUAUUUACUGUAUAUAGGGUCCCGUCAUUGGAAGCAAUGGAUAGUUCUAUACAAAGACAUUUUGAAUAUAAGCAUAGUUUUCGUGCACCUGAUUUGUCAUUACGUGAUGGUACUAUACCAUUUUGGACAAUCAUUGGUGACGCAGUAGCAUCGAAGGAACAACUUCGUUUGGCACCUUCUAUGAGAAGUCGUAGAGGCCUUGCAUGGAACAAGCGUGCAAUGACUGAAUCAGAUCAUUUUGAAAUUAAUGUUGCUUUCCAAAUAACUGGACAAGGUCGUGUUGGAGCGGAUGGCAUUGCUGUUUGGUACGUCGCUCAACAACCUAUUCUUGGUCCUGUUUUUGGAGCGAAUGAUUAUUGGACAGGAAUGGGACUUUUCUUAGAUUCAUUUGAUAAUGAUGCCCAAAAAAACAAUCCUUUUAUUGCACUAAUGAUUAACGAUGGUACUAAAAAGUAUGAUCACCAAACAGAUGGAUCACAACAAAUGCUUUCAGGCUGUCAAAAAGACUUUCGGAAUAAACCGUAUCCUGUACAUAUGAAAGUCGAAUAUCUUCGGAAUGUUCUGACUGUUUCAAUGUCUGAUGGCUUGUUACCUCAAGCGCGAUAUGAGCUAUGUAUCCGUGCAGAAAAUAUAUUUUUACCAAGAAAUGGAUAUUUUGGUAUUUCUGCGGCGACGGGUGGACUAGCAGAUGAUCAUGAUAUUAUUGAAUUUAGUGUAUUCUCAUUAUAUACAGAUAGGCCGCAGGUAGCUCCUACUCUUCCGCAAGAGGAAAGACAAAAAUAUGAUGCUGAAUUUGAAGAAAGAAUGCAAGAAUAUGAAAAACAACGGCAGAAAUUUAAAGAGGAACAUCCGGAAAAAGUGAAACCGGACACACUGGAGGAGGAAAUGGCCAAAAUUUAUGAAGAUACAUCGCAGAGAGAAAUGAGAAUGAUUCUUGAAAUGCAAACAAGUAUCCACCAAAUUUUGCAGCACAUUGAAAACAAUUUAAAGGAUAUUGGUCAGAACCAAAACGUUCAGUCUUCUUUGAUUCAGCAGUGUGUCAGUGGGAGUAAUAGAGUAGCUGCAACUGGAUCGGGUAGUGGAGAUGAAGGUUUCCGGCUGCAUGAAAAGAAUGAGGCAUUGCAGUCGCUACGGGACUUAACCGCUAACAUCCGGGAUAUGAAAAGCUAUGUGAAUGAAAUAUUCACUCGAACAUAUAACCUUGAACAGAAAAUGGGUAGUAGUGGUGUUAAUCUUUCUCCAUCUGCUGCGGGAUCUGAUCCAGCUUUGCGAUCUCUUAUUGAAACAAUACAAAAUGAUGUGCGACAGAUUCGAACAGUGCAACUUGGAUCGCCAAGUGCCCACAUUGCUGGCGGUAGCUGCCCAAAUAUAUCAUGUUUAUCAUCAUCGUUUUUCAUUGGUGUUGUUUUGGCACAAAGUGUGAUUAUUAUCGUAAUUUUAUGGAUAAGGAGCAAGCCAGAGAAAGCAAAAUUCUACUGA